GCUCGGCUCGCACCGCACCAGAGUUCCGACCACCUGCCCAGCAACUAGCAGCCUCGCCAAGCCGCCGCCAUGGCCGAAGCAGACAUUGCCUUGAUCGGAUUGGCUGUCAUGGGCCAGAACCUCAUUUUAAACAUGAAUGACCAUGGCUUUGUGGUGUGUGCAUUUAACCGAACAGUCUCUAAAGUGGAUGACUUCCUGGCCAAUGAAGCCAAAGGGACGAAAGUCAUUGGGGCUCACUCCCUGGAAGAAAUGGUGUCGAAGCUGAAAAAACCCCGGCGGAUCAUUCUUUUGGUGAAGGCUGGGAGCGCCGUGGACGACUUCAUCAACAAACUGGUCCCCCUGCUGAGUGCUGGAGAUAUUAUAAUCGAUGGAGGGAAUUCCGAGUACAGAGACAGCACGAGACGCUGCAAGGAGCUCAAGCAGAAGGGCAUUCUGUUUGUGGGAAGUGGAGUUAGUGGUGGUGAAGAAGGGGCCAGGUAUGGCCCCUCGCUCAUGCCAGGGGGAGCCAAGGAAGCAUGGCCCCACAUCAAGCCAAUAUUUCAAAGCAUUGCUGCUAAAGUAGGGACUGGAGAACCCUGCUGCGACUGGGUGGGCGAUGAGGGGUCCGGACACUUUGUGAAGAUGGUGCACAACGGGAUCGAGUACGGAGACAUGCAGCUGAUCUGCGAGGCCUACCACCUCAUGAAAGACGUCUUGGGCAUGGGCCACGAUGAGAUGGCCAAGGUCUUCGAGGACUGGAAUAAGACAGAACUGGACUCCUUCCUGAUUGAAAUCACGGCCAACAUCUUGAAAUACCACGAUGCAGAUGGCAAGCACCUGCUCCCCAAAAUCAGGGACAGUGCUGGGCAGAAGGGAACGGGAAAGUGGACGGCUAUCUCCGCUCUGGAGUACGGGAUCCCCGUCACUCUCAUAGGAGAGGCUGUCUUUGCCCGCUGCCUGUCGUCCCUCAAGGAUGAACGGGUGCAAGCCAGCAAGCUGCUCAGCGGACCCAAAGCGGCCCCGUUCUGUGGGGAUAAAGCUAAGUUUCUGGAGGACAUUCGCAAGGCCCUGUAUGCAUCCAAGAUCAUUUCCUACACGCAAGGCUUCAUGUUGCUGAGGCAGGCAGCCAAAGAGUUUGGCUGGACGCUGAAUUACGGCGCCAUUGCCCUCAUGUGGCGGGGAGGCUGCAUCAUCCGAAGCGUGUUCUUGGGGAAGAUCAAAGAAGCGUUCGACCGGAACCCCAACCUCCAGAACCUCUUGCUGGACAACUUCUUUAAGACGGCCAUGGAGGACAGUCAGGACUCGUGGCGACGUGCUGUCAGCACGGGCAUCCAGGAGGGCAUCCCCAUGCCGUGCUUCACCACUGCUCUCUCUUUCUACGACGGCUACCGACACGGAGUUCUGCCAGCAAACCUGAUUCAGGCUCAGCGGGAUUAUUUUGGUGCGCACACUUACGAACUCUUGUCAAAACCGGGCGAAUUCAUCCACACGAACUGGACUGGACAUGGGGGGGCCGUUUCCUCUUCAGCAUAUAAUGUCUAGUGGACAUCGAAGCGAGCAAUACUGUAGAAGUUGGACAUUCCAUUUUUGACGGUUCUCCGUUUCGCUAUUUUUGUAGAUGUCAACGUCUGGGCUUGUUUUUGUUUUGGUAACAACUGUUAUCAUGUCUUGCAAGAGAGCCAAAAUAAAAAUUUAAAAGCGAAGCAAAA